GUAAACUAAACAUUAACCGAGUUUGCUUUGGAAACAAGCCAAUGUCAUAUUAAUUCCUUUAUCGUUUUGACAUAACAAAUUAAUUUGAACACCAUGGAAGACUUUAUAGACACUGUAUCUCUACGCAUAAGCGCUCCUAGUGGUGUAUUACCAAAGAAAAGACCAGAAGGACCAAAGUUUCAACUCACGGAGGAUCAAAAAAAAGAUAUGAAAGAGGCGUUCGACAUCUUUGAUUGGGACGGAACAGGCCGUAUUGAUGUUAAAGAAGUUAAAGUGGCAAUUCGUGCUCUAGGUUUUGAGCCACCAAAAGAAGAAAUGAAGCGGAUGAUUGCCGAGGUAGACACGGAGGAUUCCGGAAAAUUGUCCUACGAAAAUUUCAUCACGUUGAUCGCCGGCAAAAUGUGCGCACCAGAUUCGAAAGAAGAAUUGCUGAAGGCAUUCCGCCUCUUUGAUGCUGAGCAGAACGGAUAUAUAACGACCGAAACUUUGCUGAGAGUCUCAGAAGAGCUGGGAGAAUAUGUAACGGAAGAGGAAAUUGUCGAGAUGAUAGAUGAAGCUGACGUUGACGAAGACGGCAGAGUUACCGAGGAAGAGUUUGUAAAAUUCAUGCGUAAAAUCACCUUUGCCUCAGUUUUAAUCAACUGAAUAAGUUUAAAUGUUGCAUUGACUUUAUAAAUUAUACUACGUUUUUUUUAAGGUAUGAUCCACAUGUAAUCGUUAUUGUUUAUAUGUGUUAAUUAAUAAAUAAGUUGUAAAUUCAAUAA